GAGUUUCAGCUGAAGCAGUUCCUGUCCGCCAAGCGCGCCUCGCUGGUGGCGCAGUUCAAGCAGCAGGAACGCUUCUUCCCCGACCAGCUCCCGAGGGUUAUCGGCAAGGGAGAGACCCUGGGCCACGGGAAGCUCGUGGAGAUCUACGAGGACGACGAGAGCAUUGCGAAGCGGAUACUGGCAGAGUGGGACGGCAACAAGGACGGCACACUCACGGUGGCCGAGCUGAAGAGUGCGGCCUCCCGCACCGACGGCAAGAUCUCCCUCGGGGCGCUGGACCCCGGCGCGAGCGCCGCCGCCUUCCAGGUGAAGGACGUGCUGAAGGCGUGCUGGGAGCUCUUCAUCGUCGGCCUGAUCUUGUUCUUCGUGACCGCCGCGAUCAAUCAGGUGGCCAGACAGAAGCAGGCCCAGCUCGACGAGGCGGAGAUCGCGAAGCUGGAGAUAAGCAGCGGUCGGGCAAGAAGGACUGAGCCACGGGCGCUCUGCGCCCCCGCGCCGCAGCGCCAUCUGCGGGCGCUCUGUUGGCGCGAGGCGGGGGCCGUCCGGGCAGCCCGGGGAGCCGUCCGCCUGGGCAGCUCCGCGGCGUGGGGCAGGGAGCCCGCGUGCCGGCCGGGUGUCGGCCCCCUCCUCGUCGGAGGAGGAGGAGGAGGAGGUGCAGAGCGUGGGCGACCCGCGGGAUCGCCCCGCGACCCGCGCGGCGGGCGCGGGGCAAAUUUUCCGCCGACGCGCUCGCGGCGGGCCGACAGCCACUUUGGGGCCUCUGCCGGGCGCGCUCGCUGACCCCUCGCGGGACGUGACCGGGGCGGCCUAUAGGAAUGCCGGGACGGUCGGUCCCUGCUCAAAUCGUGGGCCCGCCGCGCUGCGGGGGGAACGUUCGGGUGGGAGAGGGCUGAGAGGGGGCGGCGAAGCCUGCGCCACGCAGCUGGCCUUGGCCCCGCCGCGGGGCGCGCUGCCCUCGGCGCACGGGGCGUGCCUCCCAGCGCAGCGCCGGGAGGGGCCGUGGAAGGCCAGCCGCUCAAGCAGUGGCGAAGCGCCCCGGCUUCCCUGCAGGCCCACCAGGACAGGUUCUAGCCCAGGGCUGAACCUCAACGGUGUUCUUCGUGUUCGUUUUGUUCUCGUUUGCCCUCGCUUCUGUCUCGAAUCCGCCUUCACCGC